AUGGGCUUAAAGAAGGAAGCAACAGAGAUGAGCAAUGCAACUGUCUUUGUGUCGGAGUUUGUGCUGCACUGUGAAAUCAGACCAGAAAUUAGAAGCUUUACAGUUGCUGCCUUGGCCAUCGUUUAUCUGGCGACACUUUUUGGAAACCUUUUGGUCCUCCUGGUAAUUAUCCUGAACCACCAGCUCCACACUCCCAUGUUUUUUUUCAUUGCUAUCCUUGCUCUUAUAGAUGUGCUACACAACACUAACCUCAUCCCUAAAAUGAUGGCUCUUCUUAUGUUUGACACAUCUCCGGUACCGUAUGGUGCCUGCUUGGUUCAGAUGUUCCUGGUCUUUCAUCUUGAGAUAGUAGAAGUCUAUCUCUUCACUCUUAUGGCGUAUGACCGCUACGUCGCAGUCAUUUACCCGUUGAGAUACCCUCAGCUUGUGACGGGUAGAACUGUGUGGAUAGGCAUGUUAGUGUCCAACAUUAUCUCUGGCAUGACAAUGACUGUAUAUUUGAUAUUCGUCAGUGAACUUUCUUUUUGUCGUACUAAUGUCCUACCUUUCUGUUUCUGUGAUUAUGCCAACAUGGUUCACAUUUCUUGCAAUGACAAUCCUAAAUACUUAAGUUUUCUUUCAACAAUCGCAAGUAUAAAUGGUUGUGGUACUUUGACAAUAAUCCUCAUUUCUUAUGGCAAGAUUGCCCAUGCGGCACUUAAGAUUUCCUCAGCUGAAAGCAAGAAGAAAGUCUUCGAUGUCCUCGUCACACACCUGCUUGUGGUGUUGCUUUUUUAUGUGCCCCUGAUUAUCGCUUUCAUUCUUCCUGGAUUUGGAUUAGAGCUGUCAACCGAAACCUACAACACUCUGCUUGUAGUCGCUACUAUCCUCCCGCCAAUGAUCAAUCCUAUCAUCUACAGCUUUAGGAACAAGGAAAUGAAAAAUGCAAUAAAGAAACUUUUCACUGGGAAGAGAACAACUCUGGAAAUAAACAACUGUACAUAA